UCUGUACAUGCAGCAUGAUUCAGAAAAGAAACACGACACUACGGUGAGAGACGGGAGCACACGGUGAAGCAGGCCCACAAAGAGAAGUCGCUUCAACUAAAACCGCUAGCGCCUGCAGUAUUCCACUUAGGAAACUUUCGGGGAUAAACGUGUACAGCGUUGUACAAGGGGUUAAAGACAAGGUAAAUGUAGUUUUGUUUAGACACAGUGUUUCGUUACCCGGGAAAACAUACUUGUAGAAGAAGAAGGAAAAAAAUUUGAAGCAUUUUACAUAUUUCCCAAGAGACCGGGAAAGCACUCGACUAGCAUGGGGGAAACGUGACACUGACCCAUUUGAACCACAAGACUGUAACGAGGAGAGAUCAAUCGGUUGCCUUGUACCUAACGUCUAGCUUCACAUUGCACAGUGCUCAGGUAAAUUGCAAUCUCCCCGCAUUCUGUAAACUCUGAUGUCGGCGUGAUGCAUGGUAUUAAGGAUAGAGAAACAGAACUGGGACCAGCGAUGCCAUCAACCGAGUGUUCCUCGACCAUUGUGGGCAAAGGUGGCAAGAUGACAGCAACGGCUGUUGUGAAUGGGGAUGCAUCCAUGGACAGUUUGUCUGAAAGCAGCACUGACCCCAAGAUCACUAACGGGCACCAUGGAAACAGCCCCCUUUCAGCAGGAGAGCCCCCCUCCCCAGCGAGCCCCAAACUGAAUGGGGGCGCUGUCACACCAGAAGUUAGCCUUACAAACAAGCCUCCCAGCUGUAAGAAGAGAAGCAGGAGAAACUCUGACCUGGAGGACAAGACCUUGUGGGAUUCCUCCUACAAUGAGAAAAAAUUGCAGAGAGUGGCUGGCCGGGAGACAACUCUCCGACAGAGACCCCCUCAGCGUACAAUAUUCCAGGCCGGACUCACCCCUUGCAACAAGGCACGAAGCAGUACAAGCAGCCCCAAACCCAAACCGGAUCCGAACAGCUGUGUGGUGCAGAAUGGGACCCUCUACAGCCCUGUGAGCCCUCAUGUCCCUCCUAACUUUGGAAUCCUGAUGGAACAGGAUUCCAAAGACUCUGCUCAGAGCAGCUCCACAUCCACCUCCCAGGACACAGGAACCCCCCCUGAAUACAAGGAUAAUAAAGGCUUCGGGAUCGGGGAGCUGGUCUGGGGGAAGAUUAAGGGCUUCUCCUGGUGGCCGGGGAUUGUGGUGUCCUGGCGGAUGACGGGGAAACGACAGGCCUCUCUAGGAAUGAGGUGGUUGCAGUGGUUUGGGGAUGGCAAGUUUUCUGAGGUUUCAGCAGACAAGCUGGACUCAUUCAUGGCCUUCCCCAAGUACUUCACCCAAGCUUCGUACAACAAGCUAGCCUCGUACCGGAGAGCUGUCUUUCAAGCACUUGAGAUGGCAGCUGACCGGUCCGGGAAGAUAUUUCCCCCUUGUGAAACAGACAGCCCUGAUGACCUGGUCAAGCCCAUGCUGGAGUGGGCUAACGGCGGGUUCGAGCCCAAAGGGUCUGAGGGACUUAACCCUAAAGGAGAGAACGGGUCCCUCAGUCACCGUGUUCUGGAGGUCAGCAUCCUGGAGUAUUACCCCCCGGUCAAGAAACAGAAAACCAACCUGUACAAAAACAAGGUGGGGAUCGAGGAACACUACAGUAGAGAACAAAUGGUCCAUGAAGUUUUGAAGAAUAACAGAAGUAUAGAAGAAUUCUGCCUAUCUUGUGGGAAAACGAGAGUAGUGACUUUUCAUCCACUUUUUGAAGGAGGCCUUUGCCAAACAUGCAAGGAUAUCUAUCUAGAAAUCUCUUACAUGUAUGAUGAUGACGGGUACCAGUCAUACUGCACUGUGUGCUGUGGAGGACAGGAAGUGUUGCUCUGUGGCAAUGCCAACUGCUGUAGGUGUUUCUGUGUCGACUGUCUAGAUAUCCUAGUGGGCCCCGGGGCCUCAGAGAACGCUAAGGUGCUGGACCCGUGGCGAUGCUACAUGUGCCAGCCAGCCCAACAGUACGGUGCCCUCAAACAGAGACAUGACUGGAGCAUCAAGCUGCAGGAGUUCUUCGUCAAUGACAACGGGCAGGAAUUUGAAAGCCCAAAAAUGUACACAGCAGUUCCUGCAGAGCAGCGACGGCCAGUAAGAGUGCUGUCACUGUUUGAUGGCAUUGCCACUGGGUAUUUAGUUUUAAAGGAUCUUGGCUUUAAGGUUGACCAGUACAUCGCCUCUGAGGUCUGUGAAGACUCAAUUUCAGUGGGAGUGGUCCGACAUGAAGGAAACAUUCAGUAUGUGCAUGAUGUGAGGAACAUAACAAGGAAACAACUUGAAGAGUGGGGUCCUUUUGAUCUGGUGAUCGGAGGAAGUCCUUGCAAUGAUCUCUCAAUAGUAAACCCAGCCAGAAAGGGUCUGUACGAGGGCACAGGAAGGCUCUUCUUUGAGUUUUACCGUUUGCUGAAUGCUGCUAAACCGAAAGAAGGAGAUGACAGGCCGUUCUUCUGGUUGUUCGAGAACGUGGUGGCCAUGGGGGUAAAUGAUAAAAGGGAUAUUUCUCGCUUUCUGGAGUGCAACCCGGUAAUGAUUAAUGCCAUCGAGGUGUCAGCUGCACAUAGAGCUCGAUACUUCUGGGGCAACCUUCCUGGAAUGAACAGGCCCCUGUGUGCUUCAGGCAUGGACAAGCUUCAGCUUCAGGACUGCCUAGAGCAUGGGAGGAUAGCAAAGUUCGGAAAGGUGCGUACCAUCACGACGCGGUCCAACUCCAUCAAGCAGGGCAAAGACCAGCAUUUCCCUGUCUUGAUGAAUGGAAAGGAAGACAUCCUGUGGUGCACGGAGCUGGAAAGGAUCUUUGGCUUUCCGGUGCACUACACUGACUUAUCCAACAUGGGCCGGGGUGCGCGACAGAAGCUGCUGGGUCGGUCCUGGAGUGUACCAGUCAUCCGACACCUCUUUGCUCCUCUUAAGGACUACUUUGCUUGUGAAUAGAGACCAAUGAGCCUUUUUUUUAAAGAUUGUCUACUUGUUCAUCAUUCAAGUGUUUUUAGGAAGAAGAAAACAUUACUGGUCCUUUUAGACCUUAAGAUAUUUCUACAUUGUUAACAAAACGUAUAUAGUUUAUUGAGGGUAGUGGAAUAGGAUAACAAUGCGAUGUGGAAAUCGAUCUAAUAUCUCACUGUGUAUAUUCGUACCUCAGAACAUUAUGCUGCUUUUCAAUUUAAAAAAAAAAUCUGCAACAAGAUAAUUGAAUUGUUCAAUUGGCAACAAAGAGCUAAAGAGAAGGAAAAUAAAUCUGCAGCGAAAGGUGAAAGAGAUAUUCUGGUCAUUUGCACAUCCCCUGCUGAUAGCCGACUUCUUACAAGAUUAUGGACAAGACGAUAGGUGCCAGUUUAUUCUAGUUAACAUGCUGUUCUACCAGCUAGAAAAAAAAUAUAUUUUUGGCUUAUUUAAAGGUACUGCCUACAUGUUGGAUUACAUCCAGAUCUGACACAGACUCCAUCCUACAAAGCAGACUGAUCCCUAAACCUCUAGGGCUUUGUCAAAAAUCUUCUCUGUGAUUCAUUUUGGGUUGUAACAGCCAGGAGGUGAAAUUGUUAUAAUAACAGUAUUGCUACCUUCAUGUCAACUACUUGCCCUUUUGUAUUUGAAUACAGCUAAUAUACAAACACACAGGGGUUCUAAAACCACUAACCCCAACAGCUGAUGUACAGAUGCAACAAAACACUGCAUUGCGCUGCUGCUUCUGUUACAUCCAACUUCUUAAAAACAGAAAAUAAUUUUCCAGCGGGCAAUGGGAGGGCUGGGCCGAGUGUAUUGAACAGGGGUUGUGUUUCAAGGUAAUGAAAACAACUUUCUUUACCUUUCUGCUCAGUGUCUUCGUCAGUUUUGGAACCUCAUGAGGUUCCCACGUGUGUUUCCGUUUUUGUAAGUGUUAUUGACGGUACAGGUGAUCUGAUUCACAGUAAGGUGACUCUUCAAGCUGGAUAAAGUCAAUAUUAUAGCAGCACUCAUGUCUUAAUAUGUAGUGAUUUGAAUGUCAUUCAAGCACUAAAUCUACAUGAGGCAGCUUGAGUAUCAGUAUAUUCUGUAUUAAUGUGUCUGCAGAAACUCUCUAUUCUCAGGUGAUCACAAACAGCCAGAAAAUGUGGACACUCCUUCACCAUCAUGUUAAACUACAAACACUUUAAUCCUGCCUGUAUUCAUAUAAAACUAACUGUUUUGUCAACCAGGCAAGGAUCUAGUAGAUUCACAUGUUAACAGCAUGCAUUCAGUCAAUGCGACAGUGUCUCGAAAGUGCCUUGUGGUACCAUAGAAAACUUGUUUGUUAUUUGAUUCCAAGUACAUAGUAAUUAACCGUGGUCAGUAUGUUUAGAGUGAUGCCCCAAAAGGCAAUCAGAAAACACACACUGGACAGAUUAAUCACCAUUAUCAUAAUGUGAAACGGAUUUCUUUAUAACUCGGACAACAAAAUAUAGAGGAUACUUACUCUCAAGGGUACCAUAUGUUUUUGUUUGGAAGCACAACUGUUUAGUUUGAAUGUGAAUAAUGUCAAAUAAACCUCAUGUUUUUAGGUGAAACCAGCCAAAAUGUAAGCAUACAGAGUUUUAUUAACUUAUUGCAAUAUUAACAUUUAAACCAUUUAAGCUAAACAAGUUUUUUUUUUUUUUUUUUAAUGAAAAUUUUAAAAAAAAUGAACCAGUAUUUAAAAACCGCAACCCAGCAUUAAGUUACUGGGUGGUCCAGUACGUGACAUGCUUUGUCUUUGGGUGCUUGUUGCCAGUCAGGCAGUACUCAGUGAAUUGCAGGCAUUUCUUAAGAUGUAAAUAAAUACAAUUGCCACCUCAUGGCUUUAGCCAACAUGUUCAAGCAACUACUGCAUUACAUUGAAACUGUCUGUGUGGGAUAUUUAAAAUAACCGAUGUGCAAAAAAAGAAAUAAUAAUAAUAAUAAUUUUUAUAAUACUGUAUAGGGCUAAGAGGUUACUGCGGUUUAUUGGCUGCCCCGUUGAUUUAGAAAAAUGGGUGCUAAUGUUAACAAAUCAACAAGUCAGAAAAUAAUGCUGCAAAACUUUGUCCUGGAGUGUGAUUUGGUUUAUUCAACAAAGGACCGCCAGGGAUGCCCGUUUCCAAAGAGGCAGAACUUUCUGCCAUUCAGUGCCUUAAACACGUUUGAACUAAAACAUGUUUGUACUGCAUUGAAAAUGUUUACAAGUUGGUGUUUCCCUUUUAAGAGCAGCCGCGGUGGUGAAGCACAAACUCAUAUCAGCAUAUCAACAAUCGCUAUCCCUUUGUUACUGUAGUCUCAAGAAGCAAAUUUGAACCAGAGCUUGUGUUUGCAUUUAUUGUAGUGUAAGGCUCUCUGUAUAAACCGCUGUUAGUCAAUCUAUCUUAAAACAUGUAAGUACUGUAUACAGUAUUGUUAAGAAAGGUUUCCUAUAACAUGAAAAAAGAAAGAUUUCUGAACAUUUAACACUGAGAGGUAACGAUUUGGAAUAUUUUAGAGAACAGUCUAAAUUUAUAGACAGAUAUCACAGUGUGUAGUUAAUGUGAUCUAGAUAGAAACGUAAAUUAGCUGGUGGUUGACCAUGCUUUUUAGCAGACAAAUGUGCUUGGCGUGAUCAUAAUAUACCCACCUCGUAUAGUGUAGAUGACCAGGUGUCUUUUCUUUGAAAACCAAAUUGCAAGUGAAUGUUAUUUUUUCUUUCAAAGCAAUAAAUACUGUUGCAUUUGUAGUUUUAUUUUCUAAGUGGGGUUAGGGCAUUUUACUCUUAUUGGUGCUAAUUGUUAUAAUACAAAUACUUCUGUUUUAUAGACCUGUAUUUUUAUAUACAUGUGCGCAUACUGUAAUAUUUUCAAUAGGUAACUGGGUUGCAUUCAUAACAAUGCUUCUCAAGUUCUUAGUAAGGUUUGUAAUACCAUAGUUUAGAUUAAACAAGUAUUUUUGUACGUUAUAUGUUUUUACACCAUUUCAAACUUGAGAAACAGAAUGUAAAGGCAUUCUAAAAAUGUUUGUAUCAUUAUUGUGUGAUUCUCAUAUUUAGCUGUAUUUCCAAGGGCUUGGUUUAUCAAUCCUGGUAGUGGAAUUCAAGUAGUCUCCUGUUUUAUUCUAAGAAUGAAACCUUUUGAAGUUAAACACUUCUUCAACAGACUGUUGUGAGCAUUAU